AUGGCCAUAGAUCCCAACCACACCACCACUACAGCCACUGCCGCCAUGGCCACCACCACAGCCACCUCCACUGUCCCCACAACCACCACGAGACCUAUAAGACCCAUAUCAUCUUCUCCUGUUCCGCCUAAUCUGUACCCAAGCCAAGCCCUCCCAAUUCGAACCCAAUCACCAUCAGCAUCACCAGCCGAGGCUUCAUUCCCCGGCCCCGGUUGCCCAUUGAUAAGACCCACCUACAACUUGGCACCAUCUCCUCUUCCUCCUUCGAUUAAGGGCCUUCCCCUUUCUUCAACUCCCGAGGUUGCUCCAUCUUCAGUGCCUGACAGCAAUGGUUUUAAAGACAUCAGGGAUAAAAGCAGAGAUGAUAACUUAGCUGUCAUUAGAGGUCGAAAAGUCAGAAUGACAGAUGGAGCUUCUCUAUAUGUUCAUUGUCGGUCAUGGUUGAGGAAUGGAGUUCCUGAAGAAUGUCAGCCACAAUAUGGCGAUACUGUAAGGUCUCUUCCAAAACCAUCACCUAUACCUAUGGCAAGUGCUACUUUGCCAAAGAAGGAGGAAGGUGAACAAGAAAAAGAAGGAAAAAAAGAUGAUAAUGAGGAUGAGGAUGAGGAGUACAUUCAACGUUCAUCACCACAUGAUCUGUUAAAAAGACAUGUCAAACGCGCCAGAAAAGUUCGAGCACGGUUAAGAGAAGAACGCUUGGGGCGAAUUGCAAGGUACAAGUCUAGGCUUGCUCUUCUCCUUCCUCCUUUGGUAGAACAGUUCAGAAAUGAUCUAGCUGCUGGAAACUGACCCAAGAUUACUCUAUCAGACGUCAUUAACAUUUAGCACCUUCAAGUAUUUUCACGCCAAAUUAGUAGGUUCAUUUUUAGUUAUUUCCAACUUUGAUGGCAGAAUUGGUAAAUUCAUAUCCAAUCAAGUUCACUGUAUAAAUUGUCUUGAUCUGUUUUAUGGAUAGUUGUACAUUUGUCGCGCUUUGCUGUAAUGGUCACGUCAUUGUGUCACCAUGAAACAGAUUACAAAAUGUUAGUAUAGACCUGCCCAGCCCAGGGUAGAUGUGAGAAGUGGCAACUGAGUGAGGUACAUUUUUUCCCCCUGCCUUUUGGUUGUAAGUUGAGUGUUGUGAAUUCUUACGGCACCAAAUAGUUCAGUUGAGACAGAUUAUUGUGAAAAUUCUUUCAGAUUCAGUUUUCAUAGAAUUUCUUUAUCAGAGGAUGUAAUGAACUGAUGAGCUUUAGACUUGUAAGGCAUAUUGUCAUAUUUUUCGAAUACUUUGUUUCAUUGUAAACGAUUGUGAUAUUAAUUUUGGCUGGAGAUUUGUGUUUGGUAA